AUGAAGAUUUGGACUUCAGAACACACUUUCAACCAUCCUUGGGAAACAGUUGCUCAAGCAGCUUGGCGUAAGUAUCCCAAUCCUAUGAACCCUGCUGUCAUCGGAACCGACGUGGUUGAAAGAAAGGUCGUCGAUGGGGUAUUACACACUCGCAGGCUUGUCAGUUCGAAAUGGUUUUUUCCUAGAUGGGCUCAAGCGCUCAUUGGUACAGCUAAUAUAUGUUAUGCUAGCGAAAAAUCUGAAGUGAAUCCAAUUCAGAGACAUAUGACACUAAAAACAACAAAUUUAACAUUUUGCCAUUACAUAGCGGUUGAUGAAACGGUGACAUACACGCCACAUCCCACAGACCCUUCCAAAACCCUACUAAAACAAGAUGCAGUUGUAACUGUACAAGGAGUGCCCUUAAAUAAUUAUAUGGAAGAUUUACUAACCAAUAAAAUUUCCCUAAAUGCUGGAAAAGGACGUCAAGCAAUUGAAUGGGUCAUAGGAAAAUUGGACACUGAAAUAAAAGAAUUUGCUAGUUCUGCAUGUAAAAGCACUGAUGAACUGUUAUCACAAACAAAAAAAUCAUUUGAUGAUAUUACAACAACAGCUCGUAGAUCCAUGGACGAUAUAUCAUCCAAAGCAAAAAGAUCAUUGGAUGAUAUAGAGAAUUUCACGAAAGCCAAUGCCAACCAACGAAGCUGA